AUGGCUGUAACUCUUUUGGAUACAUGGGCAAGCCCUUUUGGAAUGAGAGUGAGAAUAGCAUUAGAAGAGAAAGGUGUCAAGUACGAGUAUAUUGAACAGGACUUGAGGAACAAGAGUCCUCUGCUUCUUCAAAUGAAUCCGCUUUACAAGAAGGUCCCAGUUCUCAUUCACAACGGGAAACCAAUCUGUGAGUCUCUUAUUGCUGUUGAGUAUGUUGAUGAGAUGUGGAAUGACAAGUCUCUUUUGCUGUCCUCUGAUCCUUACAAGAGAGCUCAAUCCAGGUUCUGGGCAGAUUUUGUUGACAAGAAGGUGUACGGUCCUGGGAGGAAGACAUGGACAGAAAAAGGAGAGGAGAAGGAGGCAGCCAAGAAAGAUUUCAUUGAGUCCCUGAAGUUGUUGGAAGGAGAGCUAGGAGACAAGCCUUAUUUUGAAGGUGACAAACUCGGUUAUAUGGAUGUUGCUCUUGUCCCUUUCUACUGCUGGUUUCAUGGAUACGAGACGUUUGGCAACUUAAGCAUAGAGGAGGAGUGUCCCAAGUUGAUUGCUUGGUGUAAACGGUGUAUGCAGAAGGAGAGCGUAUCCAAAUCUCUUGCAGAUCCACAAAAGGUCUGCAACUUCAUGGGGGAGGUGAGAAAGAAGUUUGGGCUUGAGUAG